AGUGUAGUCUACCUACCUGGCCUGGUCUAGAUGGAAAAUCUGGCCGUGCCUUUCAUUAUCAUAUCCCUAGCGUAUUAUUAGUACUGUAUACUGAAAGAAAGUGUUUUGCGCAGCUGAGCUCUGUAGUACUAGUAGUGACGAUGAAGGUGAACCAGGACACGGUCCUUGUUGGCGAGCGAGUUGUGCUGGUGCCGUACGAAAGCAAACACGUAUGCAAGUACCAUGAAUGGAUGAUGUCAAGUGAACUGCAGGAACUGACAGCGUCGGAGCCCCUCUCACUGGAGCAGGAAUACGAGAUGCAGAGAAGCUGGCGCAAUGAUGAUGACAAGUGUACUUUCAUCGUGUUGGAUCAGCAGCUCUGCUCACAGCCCGCAUUGACAGAAACUGAUUGCAUGGCGGGAGAUGUCAACUUGUUCUUCAACGACGAAGAUGAUCGUAGUGUUGCGGAAGUCGAGGUGAUGAUUGCAGAACGGUCGUGCCGUGGUCGUGGCUGCGGCAAGGAGUCAGUUUUGCUGAUGAUGGCGUAUGCUGUGCAGCACUUGUCCGUCAGGAAGUUUGUCUCCAAGAUUGGCAUGGCGAAUACGCCCAGCAUUAACAUGUUCAAGAAAAUGGGCUUUGAAGAGGUUUCGCGCAGCGUCGUAUUCCAGGAGAUAACGUUUGAGCUGCCGAUCGCCGCGGAAACGGAACGCGAUCCCGCUCGCCGCUCGUCCGCCGCCGUCCCGUCGCAGUCCUACCAACACUGGCGUCUGCGCUACUCCUGUCCUGGUGCAGCGACAUCGUCAACGGUGACCAGUGAUGACGCGCCGAGUAGCUGAGAGACACGGACAGGUUCAGUCCAUCCUGGAAAAAAACAAGCACCGGAUAUUCAGUUUGCAGAGAAGAUUCAUGUAAUCGCGGUAUUCAAACUCAAUCUCCGAUCAGAUCGAGUCAAGUUUGUAUUGUAUUUCAUGGAUUCUCCACGGGCCUUGGCCUAAAUCGGUGGAGUCUCCAAAUUGAAACUACCUUAGCAACGGUCUUCAAACUCUACCUCCGAUUGAAUCAAGGUCACUUUAAGAUCCCAUCAAGGUCAGCUGACCCUACCUUUCAGACCAACGCCACAACGGUCCGUGCAACAAGCACACACAGGUUGCCCCUUGGCAGCACAGCUCUGUAGCGCGCGGUCUCUUUCAUCGCGUAUGACAUCAUCAUCGUGAUAAUUAUGAUCAUGUGCGUGUGACAUCAUCAUCGUGUGAUCAUGUGCAUAUGACAUCGUCAUCAUUAUACGAUUGAGUGUGUAUGACAUCAUCAUCAUCAUCAUAUAUUAUGAUCAUGUACGUAUGACAUCGUCAUCAUUAUACAAUUGAGUGCGUAUAACAUCAUCAUGACAUCAUGAUGCGAUUGUCAUGAGACAUGUGUGUGCAAGCGGUUGCCAUAUUGCCUCCGGGAAUUUCCCAAUGUUGCGGAUGCCAUCUGGCACAUCAACCCGAUACGUACACAUGUCUUGCAUGAGAAGAACGAUGAGGUCAUCGAUGUCAUCUCAGUGAUCUCACUCAACAGCAGUGAUUUCGUCACCGGGUACGAUUUUUUCAGCCGGUGUAUAAUUUGAAUUAUUUUUAAUUUCGCUAUUUACUUGGCAUUGAUUACAGUACUCGGA